AUGGUCGAGCUGAGGAAGCGCAAGGCACCUUCCGACUCUAUACCAGCGCAGGAAAAGAAAGCAAAGCCAAAUGAGAAAAAGGCUCCCAAGGAGAGAAGCGCUGAACCAAAGAAACAGUCCGACGAUGAUCAUGGCCCCUCUCCACGAGGGAGUGUUCCGAAAGCCGGUGACACGCUUCCUCUGGAUGGUUUUGGAGGCGAGAUCGAGACACAUGAGGGUGUCACAACCUCUUUGAAGGCUUUGAUAGACGCUAGCAAGUCCGGAGUCGUUCUCUUCACGUAUCCGAAAGCCUCAACACCCGGAUGCACAAAGCAAGCAUGCAUGUUUCGUGACGCUUAUGAUCACCUUUCGUCGACUGGGCUAUCCAUCUAUGGACUCUCAACCGAUUCACCAAAGGCAAACACAACCUUCAAAACAAAGCAAAAUCUGCCUUACCCGCUUCUUUGUGAUCCGAAGGCCACACUAAUUGCAGCUCUUGGGCUCAAGAAGGUUCCUAAGGGGACCAUAAGAGGGGUUUGCGUGAUAGAUAAAACAGGCAAAAUACGACUGUUGGAACCUGGUAGCCCCGCGGCGACGGUAGAAGCUGUGGAAAGAUUGGUGUCUGAGAGCUCAAAUGAGGAUCCCUCAAAAGAGUUGCAGACAUGA